CACGAGAGAGAAGGUGGUGGGGGGGGUUGCGGGAGGAGAAGCCACGACGCUGGCUUUCUCUCUCUCCUUCAUUCGCUCGCACCGUACUGUGUGCCCCCGAAUUGGCCCAGCUAGGGCUUUGCCUUACUCGGGUUACACGCUGCUGCUGCGUCGCUUCCAUCUCCUCCAGCUCCUCCUCCUCCACCGCUUCACUGUGCUUGAAGAGUAUCGUCCCGCGAGCAUCUCCAGAGCGACAGCAACGUGCGCACCUGGGAUAUCGAUUGGAAGACGACGACGACGGCACGGCGCAUUGUUCCUGACGUCUCUUUCCGUCUUAAAAUUCUUCCCGUUUAAAGGCAUCAAGAGCCCCUUUUUAGACCCGUAGCAUUUUUUUUUUAUCUACCGCACCCGGGGGACCCUUGUUGCGAGGACAUGUUUUGUUGCCUUUGCCCUUCUGUCCGAGUGAAAGCCGGAGGAAUGUAGAAGAAGAAGACAAGAAAACAAGAAAAGCAAUGACAAAAACAGCUCCUGCCCAUUUCCUGCGAACGCGGUAGACUCGUCUGUUGACGUGAGUUGAGCGAGCGAGCGAGCAAGCGAGGCUUUUCACGUCUGGGGACAGUCGCAGAGUUGGCGUGCUGUGGCUUGACCGCCAACUUGGAUUAGCGACGAGCCCCUGGGGGUGGAAGCGCGACCGGCCGUCACGAUAGCGAUGAGAUACGGGCCUCGCUGCCACAGCGCCCCAUCAUCAUCGCACCUGUGCCGAUUGAUCGCUGCUAAUUAUCCGUCCCGCCUGCCGGCUCGCGUAAAUUUGUAGCGGAGGGAACCUGUCGGACGCGCGCGGUGGUCGUUGGUCGGGAGGAGGCGAAGGGUGGCUCGCCACAUCACAAGGCCCAGCUGCCUCUCGCCCCCCUUGGGACUCCGCGGGGUGCCACCGUGGAUCCUCGCAUGUCGCCGCGGGUGCCCCUGGCGAGGGGAUCGCCACAGCUAAGUCUAAAAUUAUCCGGCUCGCUGGUGAAACUGUAGGCGAGGGGGGCCACCCGAGUGUGGGAGCUGGGAAGCUGCGGUGGAAAUCAUUAACCAGAAAAAGCGUGAAGCCUCGUUGGUUUUUAUUUAAACUCGUAGCAGGUUCUUAUACUGCAGGAAGCUGCUUUAGCCGCCUGUAACGGAGUGUUCUGUGCUUCUCAUGGAGAGUGCUCGACGCUAUUUUAGGGCCCAAGUCCAUUGGUAUCCUUUCGCCGGAGCUUUGAAUUAAAUCCUCGGUUAAACAAAGGGAUUUGGCAGACUCCGUGUUGAACUGCUUGAGGCCGUUUGGGUCAGGACGACUUAAGAAGUUGACAUCCAGUUUCCAGGGACUCGCCACUUCCAACAACAACACUUCCUCUAAGAACAACAACUGCAACGCUCAACGACAACAACAACAUUUCAACCUUUCACAACUUUGUCUGGCGUCACGAGGAAGCAUGAAGUUGCCACGUGGACGGCAAACCGGCGGCAUUCGUCCUUGCGUCCUUUCGCCCAUUACUUCGCGACGCGCAGCGCGCGGAUGGAACCAUCUUUGAACCGCAGCCGAGCGCGAUCUCCGGCGGGCACGUGUCGCGGCGCGCCAGAACGCUAGCGCCGGCGAGACGAUGGCGGCGCCCAGGUGACUCGCAAGCCGCACCCACCGCGGGCGCCACGAGCCGCCGCCCGGACCCUCUCAGCGAUGACCCUGCUGUGCUUCGGGAGGUUGUGCCACCGGCGCAGGGGCGGCCGCUCGUCGACGAGGCGGCGCCCACCCCGAGAGCCGCUGGCGGUGGUGACGGGAGAGGAGUCCGUCGUGACCACCGCCGCCGUCACCGCCCGAUCGCGCAAACCGCCCAGAGUUAACGGGCAGCCGAAGGAGCGGAGGGAGCGGGACGCGCUGGGCGGGUACGAGAGCUCGUCCACGCUCAUGAGCAGCGAGCUGGACUCCACCAGCUUCUUCGACUCUGACGAAGAUGGCUCCACGAGCAGGUUCAGCUGCUCGACGGAGCAGAGCAGCGCGUCGCGCCUCAUGAAGCGUCACCGGCGGCGGCGACGCAAACCGCAGCCCCAGCAGCUCGACCGGUCGUCCUCCUUCAGCAGCAUCACGGACUCGACGAUGUCGCUCAACAUCAUCACGGUCACGCUCAACAUGGAGAAGUACAACUUCCUGGGCAUCAGCAUCGUGGGACAGAGCAACGAGAAGGGAGACGGUGGAAUCUACAUCGGCUCCAUCAUGAAGGGAGGCGCCGUUGCCGCCGACGGGCGAAUCGAGCCCGGCGACAUGCUGCUGCAGGUGAACGACGUGAACUUUGAGAACAUGAGCAACGACGAUGCGGUGCGGGUGCUGCGGGACAUCGUGCACAAGCCAGGGCCCAUCACCCUGACCGUGGCCAAGUGCUGGGACCCCACGCCGCGCGGAUACUUCACCAUCCCACGCAGCGUCGAGCCAGGCGAGCCGGUGCGGCCCAUCGACCCCGCGGCGUGGGUGUCGCACACGGCGGCCAUGACGGGCGCCUACCCCUACGGGAUGACGCACUCCAUGAGCGCCCUCACGUCCACCUCCUCCUCCAUCUCCAGCUCCGUGCCUGAGUCCGAGAGGUUCGAUGAGCUGCACCUCUCCAUACACAGCGACAUGGCCACGGUAGUGAAGGCGAUGGCCUCUCCGGAGUCGGGCCUGGAGGUCCGAGACCGCAUGUGGCUCAAGAUCACCAUCCCCAAUGCCUUCAUCGGUUCGGACCUGGUGGACUGGCUCUUCAAUCACCUCGAGGGCUUCCAGGACCGGCGGGAUGCGCGCAAGUACGCCUGCAACCUGCUCAAGGCCGGCCUCAUCCGCCACACGGUCAACAAGAUCACCUUCUCCGAGCAGUGCUACUACAUCUUCGGCGACCUCUGCGGCAACAUGGCGAACCUGUCGAUCCACGACCACGACGGCUCCAGCGGCGCCUCCGACCAGGACACGCUGGCGCCGCUGCCCCACCCGGGCGCCGCUCCGUGGCCCCUGCAGACGGCGUUCCCCUACCCGCCCUACCCCCCGCACCCGUACGGCCCGCUGCCCCCGGGCUUCCCCGAGCAGGGCAGCGGCAGCGCCGGCAGCCAGCACAGCGAGGGGAGCCGGAGCAGCGGCUCGAACCGGAGCGGAGGGGCCGAGCGUCGCGGCUCCGUCAAGGAGAAGGACGCCAAGGGCCAGGGCAGCGGCGGAAGCGGAGGCGGAGGAGGGGGAGGAGGGGGAGGGGGUGGCAGCAGCGGUGGCGGCGGCGCCGACUCCAAGUCCGGCGGCAGCGGCAGCGAGUCAGACCACACGACGCGCACGGGCAGCGUGCGGCGCGCCCCCAGCGAGCGCUCGCACCGCAGCCACGCCAGCGCGUCGCACCACAGCCUGCCGCGGAGCCACUACUCGUACGGCGCGCCCGGCGUGCCGCCGCCGCCGCCUCCGCCGGCGCUCGUGUCGGCCGGCGCCCUCCUCCCCGCCGCUUCUGCCGUCGGCGCGUCGCCGGGCGUCAUGCCCCCGCCGUACGCGGUGGCGAUGAUGGGCGGCGUGGGGCAUCUCCCGCCCGGCACGAUCGUUCCCGCGUCGCCGCCGCCGCCCGCGCAGCUGUCGACGUCGUCGUCGUCGGUGGCGCCGCCCCUCACGGGCCCCCCCGGGGGGCCGCCCGUCAGGGACCUGAGCUCUGUGCCGCCGGAGCUGAUGGGAAGCCGACAGUCGUUCCGCAUGGCCAUGGGGAACCCCGACGACUUUAACCUGGACAUCAUGUGAAGGGGAGCGUCUGGCUGGGCCCUCCGCUCGUGUCCCCCCCCUCCCCCGCCCGAUUGAACCGGAGUCGCUCUUUCCGUUGACUGAAAGCUGAUCGUAAUGAAUUUGUUUCUUUUCUCGUCUCUCCUGACCGCGGUGUAGUUUAUCGUCGUGUACAUAAAUGAAGAUCAAAACAAGUUGGAGGGAAAACGAAAAAAAGAGAUGAAGUCAAAUGAAAGGAACGGUGGGGGGGUGGGGGUGGGGUGGGGGGAAGGUUUGCGUGACAAAAAAAAUGUGGCCAUGAAAGCAAAGGGAGAGAAUUUACGGAAAACUUUGUUGCCGUUGGCGCUCCCGAGGUUCACGCUCGCGUCUAGCGGCGAGUGCGCGAGCGGUGAAGCGAGAUUCGCGGGAGCCGGACCCAGGGUGGAACCGCGACUGCGAAAACACGGCGGGCGUCGGGGGGGGGAAGAAAAUUGAAAAAAAACGAUUCAAGAUGGAACAAAAAGAUAAUGACGUACCACGAUAUGACAAAGACGCUCAUGUCAAUACUUGCUACAGGUGCUGUAAAAACAACGGUCGCCCAUCCCGGGUGUUGAGGACUUUGUCGUUCGGCUUGCCCGCAUUUCUCUGCGGAUUGCGGGGAGCGGGCCUGGUUUAGUGUAUUUUUAACACGCGUAGGAGGCUUUCGCGACCACAGUGGAGGUUUUUUUGGAUUAGAACGCCUGAAUGUAAAUGUGCCGUCAAACCCGCCUGCCUACCCAACACAGCCAAUUAGUGAGGUUGCGUGACGUGGACGGAACGUAGCCAGUUCGUUACUGGUACAGCACUAACGGGUGUGUUGGAGAGUAAAGCCACCGCAUUGACAAGUCUGGCUGUCGCCUGAUGAGGCUGGUUCUACUCGAAUUGUAAACGUUGUGGCUUAACCUCUCCAACACACCAGUUAGUGCUGUACUAGUAACUCAUUGGCUGUGUCGGGUGGUGGGCGGGUUCAACGACACAUUUAUAUUCACGCGAUGUAAACCAAAAAGCUGUCAUGAAGUGUAUUUUUAAUCGCGAUUCUUUGAAAACCUAACGAGCGAUACAGAAAGCCUAAACGAUGUAAUGUUUUUUUUUUGUAUUUUGUUUCCCGACCGCCUGCGAAAGUCUUUUUAUGUUUACCCCCUCCCCCCACUCUCUGCGUAGAAUUACCCAUCGCUCUGGAAUCAUUCGACGCUCUUGAAACGGGGAUAAAUUGUUACUAUCGUAUUAUAUAUAUAUGUGUAUAUUAUAUAUAGAGGCAUUUGAUGUGAGCGGACCUUCCGAACCCUAGGUUGAUAUUCCGAUAUUCCAAUACGACUUGGUUCUACUUCAGUUUACUCUACGUUUUUAUCUUUUCGUUGCGUUUUUUUCCGCCCCUCUCGCUGAUCAAAAACACUAAUCGUUGCCCGCCUCCCCCCCGUUCAUAGUCGGGCAAGGCUCCGAUUCGGCACUGCCCUCCCUCUCGGGUUUCUCCGGCUUGGGACUCUCCGCUUCCACGCACAUAUUCUUGCCCAGGACCGCGGCGCGAGAGCCAACAAGGCCGAGCGUUCUCUCGUCCUGCCGCCAUCAAGAAUUGAGGCGGGGGGGGUGGCGGUGGAGGCUGCACCUAGCCAACAUCGUGGGACUGCUCCGUGAGCCAGCGAGGUGCACGGUGGCGCGUGGGCGGCGUCCUCUCGUUCCAAAGCCCACACGCGGACUCCUGCUGCUGCUGCCUCCCUCGCCGCAGGGCCCGUAAAGCUUCACGGCAAGGCAACAGAAAAUACGGCUCUGUGCGACUCGCGUUGCUGCCGCCCCCCCCCCCCCCCCCCCCCACGUGUCUGUCUUGUAAAGCGGUGUUGGGAAGCAAGCGCCGCAUUUUUUAAGAAGGGACAAAAACGCAACCGUGUUGAAAUCAUCACCGCUCGCCGUCCGCUGUUGGUCAAACGCCCGCCCCCCCACCCCGUACCGCGUGGUUUGGGAACACGACCGUCUUGUCGAGCGAGGGGCGGCUUCCACCCGGCGAAAGCCCGAGGCCUUCUCGAGUUAAGGAGGCGCUUGGAAAUGAGACGCGAGCCCUUCGAAAUGAAAUCGCCAUCGGGAAUCUUAAGAAGUGCCGCGGGCGUUUCACCCGCGCGAUUCCAGUAGACGUCUCUCUCCGCCAUCCGCGUGUUUCGUUUAAUAUUCGUUUCAUGUUUUUGUUUUGGUUAUUGUUAUUUAUGUUUCAUUUCUUUGAACUUUGUGCAAUCAGUUGCCUUCCCACCCCCCUCCUCCUCCUCUCGCAGUUCCCACUCCGCCCGAGGUCGUCGUUCAUUGAGUAGGGGUCAGAUUCCGAGUGCGGAUCGUUAAAACGUAAAGGACGAGAGAGAGGCCUUCUCUCGACUUGACUUCGGACAUCGGCUGCCUCUUUUUUGACGACACCAUUCAAAUAACAAAAAUUGCCGCGUGCCGACCGGUCCACUCUCGGCGCCGGCAAACGGCAAAGUUGCCGGGCACCCAAGGAGUUGACCCCCCACUUGUCCUCCCCCCUCCCUCCCAACACUAAUCUCCCGUCGUGAACUACAUCGCUAGCUUUUCGUAACUUCGCAAACCUCAACGGUUACGUUUUUUUAUAUCGUUUAAGAUCGUUCUCACUUUCGUUUGAUUAUGGCAUAGGAGGGUGACGCUGCAGUAUUAGCUACACACUACUACAGUCUCUCUUCUGCCGUUGAGCAUUUUUUUUGUAAAAAAAAAAUCUUUCGUUUUGAAUUAGCUCGCGAGCGCCUUUCUUUUCUUCUUGUUGUUGUUGCGCCCCCCCCCCCCCCCCCACCAAUCUCUCGCUUCCGGCAACGCUGGGACACGAGCAGCUCCGACACGGACUGCAGUCUUCAGGGGCAUUGCACCACUCGCCGCGGCCAUCGGCCACCGUCGUCGACACCCAGAUAUCUCGCAGCUUAGCCGGCAUCUGUCGAUUGGUUGCAAAGGCCCUCGUAGGCCGUGGCGCUUUCGUUCGUUCCUGCCGCCACUCUCGAGCGAGCGAUUAAGCGGAGCAUUUGGCCCUGGGUCGGUGGUGGAAAUUCCACAUUCACAUGGUAAAAAAAAAAGUGUAGAUUUUUUUGUUUUCUUUAUUUUACCAGCCCCCACCCGACCGCCCGCCCCGACUGUUAAUUUCCAAAUAUAGUAGCUGGCGUCUUGUCACGAGGUUAUGAAAUUUGCGGCUGGAAUUCGUGCAGAAAGCAGGGUAAACGUCCACCACACAGGCGGCGGGUAGCCUCCGGCGGAUGGCGUCACUUGAAUAUUUCUGGAGGUCCCUUCAAACUCCCCUCCCCACCAUCCACACUCGGGGCACUGCACUUUCUCACAUGCACUGCUUUAGAGCUGUUUGUCGCACGGCAAAUUUUUGUUUUAUCCUCGAGAAGAAAUACGCUUCAUUAAGUAAUUUUUUUCCAAAUUAAGAUGUGCAGUGGCCUCUGCCUGCAGUAACCAGGCAGAGGCCAUCGACUUGCUACACUUGAGGAUCGGGUUUAAAUCGCCGGUGGCUCUAACAUCGAUUUCUCGGCAGUGCCAGCUCUGUGCCUCUUGAGACGGUAUGAGCCCUUUGAAUAACCUAGAUCCCCCAAUCCACCUCAGGUUCAGAUCUUAGACCAGCGAUGAGCGACUGCACAAUUGGAUCGCCCCCCCCCCCCCCUUUACCUCGAGUCAACCAAUCGACAGCUGUGCGUGUGAAUGCCCCUUACCCAGUAGUUUUACACGUGGAUGGGAUGGGGUGGACGAACUGAACUUUGCAAACCUGUGGUUGGACUCCCGGAUCAUUGCACGGCACGUUUCCUCCCGCAAGCGAGUUUCCCCGUUGCUGCGAGCCGCCAUUUGUUGUCUUGAAAAGCAGCAUUGGUGCAUGCGUGAAGCCGUUCAGGGUUUUUUAAAUUUUAUUUGAAGCCUUAUCGAAAUAUCAAUUGUUCUCAAUCCAAGUGACCGGGUAAACAGACCUUACGAUCGGCUGCUUUGUGGUCUCGUGGUAUGAUUUGUUACAACCGUGUUAAUCGUGUUCAUUGGAUUUGAGGGUGGUCCCCCCCCCCCCCCCACCUUCCGUAAUGGACUGCCGCAUGCAUCGAGUGGCGUUCCGCAGCCACCUGCUUGUGGUUACCGCCGUGCAGACGGGAGACUUCCUCCUCGGUGGGCACGUUUACCUCUCUUUCCACUGUGUCCAACCGAGCUUGCGACGCGGACGCGUCGAGCCAACAUGGCGUGGCACAAAAGGCGCCAGGUUUUUAUUUUUAUUUCUCCCCCCACUUGCAAAAGCCGAACCGAGCCGACGCCGUUGUCCUCGGCAGUGCGCCGACUCAACGUCGCGUGCACCAUGUGGUGGCAUCAUUUGCCACGCAGCUUUUCGUCCCAAGCGAGAUACGGGUGUGUGGUGAGGCCAGCCUACCACGCGCGGCUUGGUUGUUCCUGCCAUUCGCCGCAAAGCAAAACGAGCCAGCGGAAGAAACAAAGAAACCGGUGCCGUGUGUGACGGCCCUGCACUGGUUUGGCUCGGGUGUCCCAGUGGGAAAAGGAGGGGUACUUCAGCCGAGUGCACCGAGACUUGCAGACUCACAGCAGCAAUUCUUGUGGAUUCGCCUUGAGAGACAGAGUGAGUGAGUGUGUGGUGAGAAUGCCCCGUGGUGAACUGAGAUUAAGCGGGACGUGGCCUACGGUUAUAUUUAGGGUCACCAGGAGUAGGCACGCUUUCAUCAGAUUUCUCUGUUUUUCCAGAAUUCUUCAUUAAAAUUCUAAUCAUCUUUCGUGGUCCAUGUGGAUCGUGGAAAAUGUUUUCAGCCCAGGUCAGUGUGGGAUUGUGUCCCGUAAACCCCUGCGCUGGUGAUUCAAUUUUGUUUUCACAUUUUUAUUUAAUGUUUCUUAUUUCUGUUGCUGAAUGAAACCACGCCUGCCUGUUACGUCGAUGGGAGAAGUAGGGGAAGGGGCAAUGGGUUGGGCAUUUUGGAUUUAUUCAUUUAAUGCCUUUAAAAAAAAUACAUCUUAUUGUUUCCCUUAAAAGAAAAAUAAUCUCACCGGUGCGCCUCGAUCUAUGGCUUAAGAAUCUCGGUCAAAUUUGCCAUGUGUGAGUGAUGGCAAUAAAGCCCUAUUGAAAAUAUAUCAAUUGGAGAGAAGGGGGGCUGCCUUUUCGGCAAUAGGCGGCAUAGCUUUGUAGUAAAUCUGGGGAUUAUUGUGUGCCUCGAGUCUCCCUUGCCAAAAGAGACGGGCGAGUUUACGGUGUUGCCUUUCGGCCAGAAAUAUCACCGGAUGGACGUAAACUCGUGGACAUUCGCCCUCAAUCUCUCUGUUUUUGCCAAACAUCCGUUGGGGAACGAACUUUUGCGCCAACACACGAAUGGGGCCACGCAUUGGGCUGUCACUUUCCUUGAGUGAAGCGUUAUAAUUUGACUGCAUGGAAACAUGACCACUUUGUGACGAUAGUGCUUCGGGUGAGUGAGUGGAUAAGCGAGUGAAUUGCUGGGUGGGUGAGUG